AUGCCGGACACCACCAAUCCGGAAUCAUCAGAAAACAUGCACUCACCGGAAGAAUCCAACACCCUCCUCACGCGCUUCAAAUUCACCAACCUCCUAAACACAGACCAACAAGGCCGGCGUCUCAUCCUCCAAGGCACAAUCGCCUCCCAACCAGCUCUCCUCCUCGCCGAGCGAGCAGCUUUCAGCACAGAACCACAAUACCUCACCACCUUCAACCGUCUCCUCUUACACAUCCAAACCCUCGGGACGAACGACGUGUACAAAUGGUAUCUCGCGAAUUCGCUCCCGGAAAACGGCCUCGACCAAGCCUGUCCCGCCGACCUGAAAAUCAACCUCAUCUGGCCGGCGGGCGAGAAGCACCUCCGCAAGUAUAAAUUCCAGCAGAUGCGCGUCGUGCGCGAGACGGCGGGGAUUUACCAGGACUUCGUGAGACCUUAUAUGCGGAGUUGCCGGGAGGGAGGGCGGUUGAAUUGGGUGUUUAAUAUCCUCGACGGGAUCGCGGAGCAGGAAAACGUGCUGUUUCGCAGUGCGGAGUGGGGCAAGGGGUUGGAUCGGGGGGAGGGGUUUCUGUUGCUUCCGGAUCUCAAUUGGGAUCGCAAGACGCGGGAUGCGAUGCACUUGCUCGCGCUGGUGGAGAGGCGGGAUCUCUGGUCGGUGCGAGAUCUGAAGCGGAGGGAUCUCCCGUUUUUGAGACUGCUGCAUCGGACGCUGCUCGCGACUAUUACGAAGGAGCUCUAUCCGGAGGUGGAGGCGGAUAUGUUGAAGUUUUAUAUCCAUUAUCAGCCGACGUAUUAUCAUUUCCAUGUCCACAUUGUGCAUGUGAAUCUGGACGCGACGGGAACGCAGGCUGUGGGGAAGGCGUUGGGGUUGGAAACUGUUGUGAGCAUGUUGGAGAAUUUGCAAGGCGGGGAGGAUGAAGGGAUGGAGAAGGUGGAGUUGUGUUAUACCGUUGGGGAGGAAAGUGAGCUGUGGCAGAAGAUCUUCCUGCCGUUGAAGGAGGGGCGGGAACCGAGCGUGGACAAGGGCACGGAUUGA